AUGAACGAUUUGAGCCAAACCUGGAUUACGGACUUAUUUCCCGAGUUUGGUCUCAGUAUUGAAGAGACAGCACUCGUAUGGAUGCCAUCCCUCCUAUUAUUUGUCACAUCACUGUAUGAAUGGCACAAUCAGUCGCCAGAAGUGAUCACAUCCAGGGGUUUAUCACAUCCCACGACAUGGACUCUACUCUCCAUCACUAAAAUUAUUUCUACAAUAGUUUUGAUAAUUAAUCACAAGAAGCGAGUAAUGAAUACUUCGGGCGUUUUAUUCAUAUUCUGGUUGUGUUUGUCUAUCGGAACCGCAUUUAACAUAAGAACUAUGCUUUCCGUUGAAUUCAAUGAUAAUUCUAGUCCUGAAAAUCAAUCAUCAUUUUUAUCUCGACUCACAUUUUCAUGGUUUACACCAAUGAUUAUGAAUGGCUAUCGGAAACCAUUGACCAAUGAAGACAUGUGGUCGCUGUCCACACAGAAUCGGAUCAAUGUUUUCAUCAAACAAUUCAAUAAACACUGGAAACCAAUACAACAAAACAGUGUCAAACAUGCGAUAAAUAUAUUUCUACCUCUGCUUAAGACAUUUUGGCCAACACUGGUGUUCACGGCGUGUAUUAAACUAAUGGUUACAUUAUUAACAUUCACUCAACCCCUAGUACUCGACCGACUCAUCACAUUCAUCACAUCCCAGACCAACACUACAGACACCGGCGAACCUAUUUGGAGGGGCUAUGUAUACGCCUUAGCUAUGUUUAUGGCACCAAUGAUAUCAGCGGUGCUGAACGCCGCUCAGCACUACCGGCAGGAGCUGUUGAUUAUGAAAAUCAAAUCAUGUGUCACAUCCGCGCUGUACGAGAAGUCCCUACGGCUGUCCAGCUCUGGCCGUAAAGACUACGCCACCGGCGAUAUCGUUAACUUGAUUUCGUCGGAUUUGUUUUACAUUUACUGUUUCUUUUAUUUCGCGGACAAUCUAUUGCUGAGUCCCGUAAUAGUGAUAAUCGCCACGUGUUUACUAUGGGCUCAGUUGGGCGCCGCCACUCUGGCCGGUGUGGCUGUCCUGGUGGUAGUGGUGGCCAUUAAUUCAUUUAUGCUGACCCGUGAGCACCAGAUGUGGGCGAAGUUACUCGAGUAUAAGGACAAGAGAGUGUCGGCCAUUACCGAGAUUAUCAAUCACAUCAAGGUGUUGAAGCUAUACGGCUGGGAACCAGCGUUCUUAACCCAGGUGUUCGGCCACAGGGCUCGCGAGUGUGCGGUAAUGGCAUCGGUCAAUGUGUUGGGCGCUAUUCAGAGGGGCAUUCUCUCUGCCGCCCCAUAUCUGGUUAGUUUAUCCACUUUUACGGCAUUCCUAUACAUGUCUGACCGGAAUAUUCUGGACCCGAAUAAAGCAGGGAUCGAUAACAUCAAUACCACAACUGUCUCAGUGAAGCGAAUGAAUGCUUAUUUAAACGCCAAUGAAGUGAAUGAGAGUUUCGUUGACCACAAACCCAAUCAAAGGACUCCUAUUGUCGUCAAAAACGGUUCAUUUAAAUGGGAUAACAAUUGCGACGAUUCUGUGCUCAAAAAUAUCAAUAUAGAGAUAGAAAGUCAGUCAUUGGUGGCAGUUGUGGGUCGAGUGGGCGCCGGCAAGUCGUCCCUAUUAUCGGCUCUAUUGGGAGAUAUGGAGAGAAGUGAGGGCUCUGUGAAUGUGAGCGAACGGACGGCUUAUUGUCCACAACAGGCGUGGAUUCAAAACACAACUCUUCGACAGAAUAUUCUGUUUAAUAGUGAAUUCAAUGAAGAAUUUUAUGACAAAGUUCUGGAUUCGUGUGCUUUGAGACCCGAUUUAGCAGUUCUUUCGGCCGAAGAUAUGACAGAAAUCGGGGAAAAAGGGAUCAAUUUGUCCGGCGGUCAGAAACAGAGGGUUUCACUCGCGAGGGCUGUCUAUUCCUCGGCAGACAUAUAUCUAUUGGACGAUCCGUUGAGUGCUGUCGACCCACAC